AUGAUCUCGUUAAACACAACCAUCUCAGACGCUACAAUUAUCAAGGAAAAUACUCUUAUGUUCAUACGAGUUUGGUGUUAUACGAUGAUUGAAUUGGGUAGUGUUGGUCACGCAUCAAGCGUGUACGUGUUUACACGUCCUCCAUUUCGUUCAAAUCCGUGUACCUGGCUCGUUCAUGAAAAAUAUGUUCAUUAUUUCCUUGUAUAUAUCUAUAGAUUACCAAAUGCACGGUCCAUUGCUCUAGCCUGUAUUGACAGCUCAUCAGUUGCAGCGCUGCGUGCUCUCAGCAAUAUUCGUGUUGUUUGUCGAAGUGCUCCUCUUGUAAUUCUUCAUAACUGGUGUUGUCUAUAUAUUCCAGUACCUAUACUUUACCAAAUCAACGUACGUCAACAUACAUGCGUUCCAUCGAUAGGAAUUAGUCAAACAUUUUUCAGCACAUGGAAUUUGAUCGUAUACAGCAUAGAUCCACCAAUUGUUAUGCUUUAUUUCGGUGCACAUACUGUUCAAAACAUUCGCCAUUCCGUUAGACGGGUUAAACAACGCCACAACGUAACUGAUCGGCACUUAAUUCCAAAAUGCAAACUAUUCGAUCAGUUGUCCCUGUUCGAAACCUGAUGUAUUGUCACACAAUUUGAAGAUCUUUCCAAUGAAGUUAUCUGCGAUAUUCUCGAAUAUCUAAAUGCCUAUCAUAUUUACGAAAGUUUUCUGAAUCUUAACACUAGAUUUCAAAAUCUUCUUAAACAUUUACCCAUUCCUCUUAUAAUUAACAUUCCUUCAUUUUUAUCCAAAUCAAUACUUCAACAAUAUUACACUGAUUUCAUUCAGCCCAAUAUCUACCGAACCCAAUCAUUUUAUGCUGUAAAUCCAUUCAUAACUAAUUUCUUUUUAUCAACAACCGAAAACUUUGCUCAAUGUUCUCAACUUCAAACAUUAAUUCUUGACGAAAUGCCAACCGAACAACUCGAAAACCUUCUCAUUAGUUUAAGUUCUCUACCCAAAUUUUCUUCAUUAACUAUGCAUAUGAUGGAUGAUACUCAUCGAAACAAUAUUUGCAACUUAAUAUUUCAAUUACCAAAACUGAAAUUUUGCAAAAUAUUCUUUGCAGAGACUAUUCGAUUAGCGUAUUUAUCCAUAUGUAUAUCAAGUCCAAUCGAACAUCUUGUUCUUACUGGUACAUUUU